AUGAAGGAAUGGAAGGAACUCGAAAAUGUACAAAAAGUCCACAAAGAUCUGUAUACUCCAAGUAAUUCAAAUGAUUCAAAUUCAGAUACCUAUAUUACACUAAUAAUUAAAUCAGUUUUUUUAUCAGAAAAUGAACGUACAGUAAAAAACGGCAUUUGGAUCAAAAUGUUAGUUGAUAAAGAACAUACUGUUAAUAAUGCUGAUGAAGAAGCAUUUUAUUCUCCUCUAGAUCAAUAUAUUGAAGAGAAUGGUGAUAUAGAUGAUGUAGUAGAUGAUGUAUUGAUAACUAAUAAAGAUGGACAGCCAGAAAAUUCUGACAAUGAUAAUCUUGUAAUGGCUGAUUGA